UAAACAAAUAAAUUGCGGUCUUUGUAUAAAAUAUGAUGGUGAAAUAUUAAUUUGUCGUCGUCCUCGUCAAAUUAUUUCUUCACCUUUAUACAAUCUAAACUCUCAUCUCUCUACUCUUGGAUGCACUACCUCUAAUUACGAAUUGUCAAAUUGCGAAUUUUGUUACGGUGACGAUUCAAAAUUUCAAAAACAAGAUAAUAGUGUAGCUGAACAACCAGUAAUGUCGCCCUUGUUAAUAAUGUAUUUUACUAUACCUCCAAUGGUUAAAAAAAUAAUCGAUUAUGAUCAGCAAUGCAAAUGUUAUGUUGUGUCUUCGGAUUUCAGCAAUAAUGAUUAUAUACCCGACCCAGUAAAUUCAAUUUUGAAUAGGCCUAACACGAAAACUGUUCAUUAUGUUAAAUUAUCGCAUACAAAUUCACUUAAUUCACUAAAAAAUACUAAACUGCAAAAGGAAGAUAUUCCAUUAAAUGAUUUACAUAUAUCUACACCAUCGACAAUUGAAAAUAAAGAUCCUUAA